AUGGGGCAGCAACAAUCAAAAGAGGAGUUACUUUAUCAGCAAGUCAAGAAAAGGAAUAUCAAAAAGAUUAGAGCUCUUAGACGUGAAGGCGUAGGUCUUGAGUGGGUUGACAAACAAGGAUAUACUCCCUUGAUAGUUGCAUGCAUGGAUCCUAAACUUAUUACUGUUGCCAAAACACUGAUUGAACUUGGCGCUGAUGUGAAUGCCUCUCGCACUAACUCUCCUAGCGGUACUCCUAUAUAUGGUGCAGCAUUGAAAGGUCUCGACCAGACUGUUAAGUUACUUCUUAUGCAUGGUCCGCAUGGAGUCAUCCUAAUUUCUAAAAUUGUGAAUUUGUGGUAUUCUGCUCGAUCUUUUUAUUGUUGGGCUGUGGUUAUGUAUGGUUCUCAUCAAUCGGGUGCUAAGUUGGAGCUUCGUAUAUAUUACAGUGCACAGGAUGCCAAUCCUCGUGAAGUAAUUUCACUUCGGGAGGCCAAGCUUAAGGAACCAAACUUUCAGCAUACAGAACCUUCAUUAGUCAUUGUGGGCAAGUCAUCGAAAACCAAGCAUCUAUUUUUCGCUGAAUCUUUCAGUGACCAGCAACAACUUCAAAGGUUUUUCAGGGCAUGCAACGGAAACGAAAUUCAGCACGGUAUAUAUCCUCCAGAACCAAACAGUCCCACUGCACUUCUAGCAAAUCCCCCACCAUUUACAUUAGAAGAUGAGGACAUGGAAUUGGCAAUGACAUUAAGUGCCUCUCUUCAGUACAGUGUGAAUCCAGAUAUCAGUUCGACAUCAGUAUUUGAAGUUGGGUCAAGUUCUAGCUAUCCAGCAGAGACUGCUAGCAUUCCUUCUAUUGAUUCAACAACCCUAGAAAGUCAACCAACUCCAGCUAUAUCAGAAGGCACGGAAGAUGAUCAAAUGAAUUAUGCAUCAGCAUUUUUUGGUGAGUAUAAUGCACUAAACAAUGCUAGCCCUAUUGACAUGUCUACUACGACAGCCGCUGACCGUAGACCAGCAAAAACUGGAGUAGCGACUGAGGAUGUAGGUGGUACUAACUCCUCAUGUAUAAUAUGCUACGAUGCUCCGCGCGAGUGA